GGUUUUAAAAUGUAUAUAUUAUAUUAAUCACCCUGAACAACUCUCUGUUAAAUGCACAUUUGGAGUCUGCAGACUGUGUGACCCAGAGAUGGAUCAUUACAGACAGCGGAGUCCUGAGAAGCCAGACAUCUGCUCCUCACAUGAAUGCACUCACCUCCUAGAGACCAGGCUGCCAUCAUGCUCUGGAAGCUCGUGGAGAAUGUCAAGUACGAAGAUAUCUACGAGGACCGGCACGAUGGUGUCCCGAGCCACAGCUCGCGGCUCUCCCAGCUGGGCUCGGUGUCCCAAGGACCCUACUCGAGCGCCCCGCCGCUGUCCCACACCCCGUCGUCGGACUUUCAGCCUCCCUACUUUCCACCCCCCUACCAGCCGCUCCCCUACCACCAGAGCCAGGAUCCCUACUCCCACGUCAACGACCCCUACUCCCUGAACCCACUGCACCAGCCCCAGCAGCAUCCUUGGGGGCAACGACAGCGGCAAGAAGUGGGUUCGGAAGCCGGCUCUCUCCUGCCCCAGCCUCGGGCCGCCUUGCCCCAGCUCUCGGGCCUUGACCCCCGGAGGGACUACCACUCGGUCCGCCGGCCGGACGUGCUGCUGCAUUCGGCGCACCACGGCCUGGACGCGGGCAUGGGUGACAGCCUCUCGCUGCACGGCCUCGGCCAUCCCGGCAUGGAAGACGUCCAGUCAGUUGAAGAUGCCAAUAACAGCGGCAUGAAUCUAUUGGACCAGUCUGUCAUUAAAAAAGUUCCGGUUCCUCCCAAAUCGGUGACUUCUCUAAUGAUGAAUAAAGAUGGCUUCCUGGGAGGCAUGUCUGUCAACACCGGCGAGGUGUUUUGCUCCGUUCCAGGCCGUUUGUCUCUGCUCAGUUCAACUUCGAAGUACAAAGUAACUGUGGGAGAAGUUCAGAGACGGCUGUCGCCCCCAGAAUGCCUCAAUGCAUCUCUCCUCGGCGGAGUCCUCAGAAGAGCCAAAUCGAAAAAUGGGGGGAGAUCUUUGCGAGAAAGGCUAGAAAAAAUCGGUUUGAAUUUACCCGCGGGCAGGCGCAAAGCAGCAAAUGUCACGUUACUCACCUCCCUGGUGGAAGGAGAAGCUGUUCACCUAGCUCGGGAUUUUGGGUACAUUUGCGAAACAGAGUUUCCCGCCAAAGCCAUCUCUGAGUAUUUGAACCGGCAGCACACAGACCCGAGUGACCUGCACUCCCGAAAGAAUAUGCUGUUGGCCACCAAGCAACUUUGUAAAGAAUUUACGGAUCUGCUGGCGCAGGACCGGACACCGAUCGGGAACAGCCGACCCAGCCCCAUCCUGGAGCCGGGGAUCCAGAGCUGCCUCACGCACUUCAGCCUCAUCACGCACGGCUUCGGCGCCCCGGCCAUUUGCGCCGCGCUCACGGCCCUGCAGAACUAUCUCACCGAGGCGCUGAAAGGCAUGGACAAGAUGUUCUUGAACAACACCACCAGUAACAGGCACACGUCUGGGGAAGGCCCAGGUAGUAAAACUGGCGACAAGGAGGAGAAACACAGGAAAUGAAAAAUUUUUAAAAAAAGAAGGAAAAAUGUUUUAAAUACAAAAGGAAAAACAGACAAAAAUUUAAUUUUAGCUUUAAAAUGUUGGAUUGGCUUUGGAAGAAUUAUAUUAGGUAGAAUACACAUACAAUCAAAAUUUUAAAAAAAGCUAAAUAACUUAAAAAAAAAACUGAGGCGUACAACGGAGCAACAAUAUCGGGUUCUCAGUGUCUAUUUCAAGAUACACUUGGAGACAACCGUCCGGAUUUUCCACUUCGGUUCUUUCGAGCUUAGUAAUACUGAUAAUAAAAGAAAACUAUGAUUUCCCCUUCCCUUUGGAAAAUAAACAUAAGACUAAACAUGAGAAAAACGCUAACUUAUUGGAAGAAAAUCGGAGAAACGUUGGUGUCAAUGCUUUGAGAGCUGGUUGACUGAGACGCACGAACUUUUUAAUUUUAAAUAUAUUUUUAGGACACUCUCUUGCAGUCCCCGCCCUCCAUCUCACUUCACCCCUCUUCCAGCCACCCUUAUCCUCCCUUCCUCACAUUGUUACGGGAAUCUUCUGGGAUGAAAAUGAGUGUGGUUGGCCCUUUUGUGUUGUUUCAGUCCUCUCGAUACACCUCCCCCCGCCCCGCCCUGCGAUCUUAACUCACCGGGCCCGGCUCCCCUGCCGCUUGCAUAAUUAGGGAGGGCGAGGGCGGGGCGGGAGGCCUGCGGAGAUCAGGCGGAGGCUGCAGUUUUUGGUGCAGGCCGGCCGAGCAGGUUCUGACGGCUGAGGAAAAUCCUGACCGAUAAGUUGAUUCAGACUCAUCAUCAGUUCCGUUCAGAAAUGUUACUAGCUCCCAGCUUUGACAGCAUCUGCAUAGAGAGAAACUCACAUUUGUUAUAUUUGUGUCAUCUACUAAUUUUAUGAACGAUAGUAAAA